AUGGCGCUGCCACGAUCACUUCUGCAGUACAUCUGCAGCCUCGUCCUCCUGGUCGGCGUCUCGCAUGCCCUCAAGUUUGAGCUGCAGGCCAUGCCUGCGCAUUAUGACAACAAGAUGCGAUGCAUACGGAACUUUGUCGCCAAGGACACAUUGGUGGUGGUGACGUCCAUCGUGAGCGGGUCCAAGGGUGACGGCAUGGUGGUCAACUUGAACAUCAAGGACGCCGUGGGCAACGAAUACGGCAGGGCAAAGGACGUUGUCGGAGAGCAGAGGACAGUCUUUACAUCACACGCCGACGCGGCAUUCGACGUGUGCUACGAGAACAUCCUGGAUGGCAGCAAACACGUCGCGACCCCUCACAAAACCGUCGAGCUCGAUGUCGACAUUGGCGCCGACGCCAAGGACUGGUCGGCCAUCCAGGCGACGGAGAAGCUCAAGCCGGUCGAGACGGAGCUUCGCCGGAUCGAGGAGAUGGUGGCUGAGAUUGUGGGAGAGAUGGACUACCUCCGCGUCCGCGAGCAGAAGCUGCGCGACACCAACGAGAGCACCAACGCCAGGGUCAAGUGGUUCGGCAUGCUCACCACCUUCCUGCUCAUUGCACUGUGGGCCUGGCAGAUCAUGUACCUGCGCGCCUACUUUAGGUCCAAGCAUCUCAUCUGA